AUGGGUCAGAUGUUCUCUAACCUGUUCAAUCGGCUGUUUGGGAAGAAAGAAAUGAGGAUAUUAAUGGUUGGACUGGACGCUGCUGGGAAGACUACCAUCCUAUACAAAUUGAAGUUGGGCGAAAUUGUAACCACAAUCCCAACCAUCGGGUUUAACGUUGAAACCGUUGAAUACAAAAACAUCAGUUUUACAGUGUGGGAUGUUGGUGGUCAGGACAAAAUUAGGCCACUUUGGAGGCAUUAUUUCCAAAACACGCAAGGUUGGUCAGAUUUGGUAAACUUAAUUUGCGUAGGCUUGAUUUUUGUGGUGGAUAGUAACGACUACGAAAGAAUAGGGGAAGCCCGCGAGGAGCUUUCCCGAAUGUUGAACGAAGACGAACUGCGUGAUGCCGUCCUACUCGUUUUUGCUAACAAACAGAUCUAUUUUGCAAUCCAUAGGAUUUACCACAGGCGAUGUCUGCAGCAGAUGUCACGGAUAAGCUCGGGCUUCACACCCUCCGGAAUCGUACUUGGUUCAUCCAAGCAACAUGCGCUACGAAUGGAACUGGUCUCUAUGAGGGCCUUGAUUGGCUCAGUAACACUCUCAGCCACCGCAGUUGAGUGCGGAUAG